AUAGUGUGUAGGUGCAAGCGAAGAAGCGCGUUUGUUCCCGCCACUUCUCUAGUCUCUGGCGCACCUCCUCCUUCUCUAACAAACUCACUCACUCACUCACUCAGGCUCUGUUUGGCCUUUCAAAUUAGUCACAGGGUUCAUUCAUUCAUGCUCGCAUUGCAUUUUCGAUCCUCUUUUCGUCUUUCCUUCUGUUUCUCUCGAACUGUUAGGGUUUCUUCUCUCGUCUCUUUCCCUCUAUCUCUGUCCUCCGUCCCUCUCCGCGCCAUGUCCAAGCCACCUUCCGCCUUCGACGCUCUCAUGUCCGCCGCCAAGAAGAAUUCCAAAUCCAAAACACCGAAGCUUCCAUCAUCUCCAAAGAAAAGAAAAUCUUCACUCUCCACUUCACAAAACCCUAGCAACCCCAAAUCCCCCAAACUGCCUUCUCCGGCAAUAACCGUUGAACCGGAGCAAGCAGUUAAACAAGAAGUUGUUAAACCAGAAGCUGUUAAACCAGAAGCUGUUAAAGCGGAAGAAGCCGUUAAGGCGGAACCGAAGAAGGUACGUCAACUGUCGUCGUCUUCUUCGAACGGGAAGACCGAGGAGCUGAAGAAGCUAGUGCCGCGGCUGAAGCAGAAGCCUUCCAGUUUUGAUCCCGCUUCGAUGAUUGCAUGGGAGAAGGGACAGCCCGUGCCGUUUCUCUUUCUCGCCUUGGCAUUCGAUAUGAUUUCUCAGGAAAGUGGAAGAAUCGUUAUCACUGACAUUGUUUGCAAUGUGCUGCGGACUGUGAUGCUGGCCACGCCGGAGGAUCUUGUUCCCGUCGUUUACCUCUCCGCAAACCGGAUUGCGCCUGCUCAUGAAGGGCUGGAACUGGGAAUCGGCGACUCGAUCAUUUCCAAGGCGCUCGCGGAGGCUUAUGGAAGGAACGAGAAUUGGAUUAAGGCUCAGUAUCAGAAAAAAGGUGAUUUGGGCUUGGUUGCUAAAGAGUGCCGUUCGUCUCAACCUAUGAUGUGGAAACCUGAAGCAUUAACCAUCAGGAAGGUUUUCAACACUUUUCGCCUUAUUGCUAAGGAAUCUGGAAAAGACAGUCAAGAGAAAAAAAAGAAUCGUAUCAAGGCACUUCUUGUUGCUGCAACUGACUGUGAACCUCAAUAUCUAAUUCGUUUGCUUCAGACAAAGUUGCGAAUUGGUUAUGCAGAGCAAACUCUAUUGGCUGCACUAGGCCAAGCUGCAGUAUACACUGAAGAACACUCUAAACCGCCUCCUGAAAUUCAGUCUCCUUUAGACAAGGCUUCAGAUAUUGUUAAACAAGUCUAUUCUGUUCUUCCUGACUACGACAAAAUAAUAUCUGCACUUCUUACUGAGGGUCUAUGGAAGCUUCAAAAGAAUUGUAAAUUUACUCCUGGUGUUCCAAUUAGACCUAUGCUUUCAAAGGCAGCAAAAAGUGUAACUGAAAUUCUGAACAAAUUCCAGGAUGUGGAGUUUACCUGUGAAUACAAAUAUGAUGGAGAGCGUGCCCAGAUACAUUACCUGGAGAAUGGUUCAGUUGAGAUUUACAGUAGACAAGCAGAACGGAACACUGAGAAGUUUCCUGAUGUUGCUGCUGCAGUUAAAAGGUUGAAGAAAGCAAAUGUAUCUUCAUUUAUUCUUGAUUGUGAAAUUGUUGCAUAUGACCGCACAACACAAAAGCUUCUUUCUUUCCAGACCCUUAGUACUCGAGCUCGCAAGAAAGUAGAAAUUGAAGAUAUAAAGGUUAAUGUUUGUGUAUUUGCUUUUGAUUUGUUGUAUCUAAAUGGCCAAGAACUUCUUCAGGAAAACCUGAGAGUCCGCAGAGAGCAUCUUUAUGCCUCUUUUGAGGAAGAAUCUGGAUUUCUUCAGUUUGCAACAGCAUUAACUUCAAAUGAUGUUGAGGAGAUACAGACUUUUCUUGACCAAGCUGUUGGUGCUAGUUGUGAGGGGUUAAUUAUUAAAACACUAAAUGAGGAGGCUACAUAUGAACCUGCCAAGCGAUCACUCAACUGGCUAAAAUUGAAGAAAGAUUAUAUGGACAAUCUAGGGGACUCUGUAGACUUGGUACCUAUUGCUGCUUUCCACGGACGUGGAAAACGUACAGGAGUUUAUGGUGCCUUCGUCCUUGCUUGCUAUGACAACAAUAAUGAAGAAUUUCAAAGUAUUUGCAAGAUUGGAACGGGGUUCACUGAAGCUGAGCUUAUAGAAUGUUCCACCAGUCUUGGUUCUCAAGUGAUUUCCAAGCCAAAGUCAUACUAUAGAUUCGGAGAAACUAUGAAUCCCGACGUAUGGUUUGAAGCCAGUAAGGUGUGGGAGGUGAAAGCGGCAGACCUGACCAUUAGCCCCGUCUACCGUGCUGCAGCGGGCAUAGUAGAUCCGAACAAGGGCAUCUCUCUACGAUUUCCACGACUGAUUCGAGUCCGGCAUGACAAAGCUCCUGAACAGGCCACAUCAUCUGAGCAGAUUGCUGAGUUGUAUAAAGCUCAAAAACACAAUCAAGCGAACAAACAAGAUGCCGAAGAUGAAGAAGAUUAUUGAGGGGAAAAUUUUCCUCUUUUUCCUGCUGAAAUAUAAAAUGUAUGUUUUAUGUCUGAUGAUCGCAUGAGAGAAAGAUGUGUAUAUGCGAAAUUUUGCCUAAGCUUAGGUCAGAGAGCAUGACUGGAUAUGAACAUUAUUUGAAAAUUCGAUGUACAACGUAGAAGAAGCUCAUGGAGGGUCCCAAAAGUAGACAUUUCCGCUUAAACCAUGUUAAUUCCUGUCUACAAUUUUGUUUGUUCUUGUAACAUAUGAUGCUGCAGUUAAGGCAGUUAGCAUUGACGAAAACAGUUCUCAAUAUUAGUCCAUGUGUCAAGAUUUAGCAUGGCACGUCUUGUGGA